UUUAAUCUUUUCUAUGAUGGAUUUUGUAGCUGAUGUUGUGACACCCUUGAAUGUGGUGGAAAUGGUUGUAGAAGAGCCUGUGUUAUUUCUUGCAGUUGGAUAUAUAUUUUAGGCACCUUGGUGUGUGUCUCUGAUCAAUUUUCUGCAGUGGAAACAAUUUUGUCCAUCAGAGAGCAGAGAAGCCCCAGACAUAUAAUUCCCCCUGGAGUGAGCACUAACUGAGGAAGACCUGCAUCUUAUCCACUGAGAUUCCUGCUUUAGAGGGUCCUCUAUCUUCAAUGGAUUAGCAGCCAAGAUCACAUUCUUUGGGAAUCGGAUCAUACUCCAAAGUGCUUAGAUCCCCUGUUGAUUUUUCCAUUGUUCUAGCUACCUACUGUCCCAUAUAUUUGGGAAAACUUGGAUUAUGGCUCUAAAGGAGAACCUUGUCCUUCUUCUUCUUGGCUUACAUUCCGCUCUGCUACUAGCUACAGCUGCUGCUGCUCAGAGUGAGGAACGUUUGUGUGCGUAUAAAGAUCCAAACCAGCAGGACCAAGGUGUCAGUGAAAGUCAGAUAUCCCAGGAGAACGGAACGGUUGAGUGUACCAAAGGAAGUACCUGCUUUGGAUUAUGGGAAAAAACAAAAGAAGGUGAAAUCAAUCUAGUUAAACAAGGCUGCUGGUCAUACAAAGGUGACCCGCAUGACUGCCACUAUGAGGAAUGUGUUGUGACCACCACCCCACCACUCAUACAAAGUGGUACUUACCGUUUCUGCUGCUGCAGUGCAGACAUGUGCAAUGUCAACUUCACUGAGAACUUCACCCCACCAGACCCCACAGAUACCACACCAUACAGUCCAACUGGCUGGUUUCACCGUGAGAUGACAAUAACAAUUGCCCUGGCUUCUGUCUCAGUAAUGGCUGUGCUGAUAGCUGUAUUUUUCUUCGUAUACAGGAUAUUUGGAGGAAACCGGAAGCAGGGUCUUCACAGUAUGAAUAUGAUGGAGACUGCAACCUCAGAACCGUCUUUAGAUCUGGACAAUCUGAAAUUGCUAGAGCUCAUAGGCCGGGGUCGUUAUGGCUCAGUGUAUAAAGGAUCUCUCGAUGAGCGCCCUGUGGCAGUGAAAGUAUUCUCUUUCAACAAUCGCCAGAAUUUCAUCAAUGAAAGGAGUAUUUACCGAACCCCCAUGUUAGAGCAUGAUAAUAUCGCCCACUUCAUCGUUGCAGAUGAAAGAGUGUCUUCGGAUGGGCGUUUGGAAUAUCAUCUAGUGAUGGAAUACUAUGCAAAUGGAUCUCUGUGCAAGUAUUUAAGCAUUCACACCGGUGACUGGCUCAACUCCUGCCGCCUGGCACAUUCUGUAACCAGAGGAUUAGCAUAUCUACACACGGAAUUACUACGAGGGGAUCACUACAAGCCGGCAAUUUCCCACCGUGAUCUCAAUAGCCGUAAUGUGCUAGUGAAAAAUGAUGGAACCUGUGUGAUCAGUGACUUUGGCCUCUCCAUGAGACUCGCAGGAAACAGGCUAGUCAGGCCAGGAGAUGAAGAUAAUGCAGCCAUCAGUGAGGUUGGAACUAUACGCUAUAUGGCCCCUGAAGUCCUAGAAGGAGCUGUUAACCUGAGGGAUUGUGAGUCUGCUCUGAAACAAGUGGAUAUGUACGCUCUUGGUUUAAUCUACUGGGAAAUCUUCAUGAGAUGCACAGACCUCUUCCCUGGGGAAUCUGUUCCAGAAUACCAAAUGGCCUUCCAAACUGAAGCAGGAAACCACCCUACAUUUGAGGAUAUGCAGGUGUUGGUAUCCAGAGAGAAGCAGAGACCAAAAUUCCCAGAGGCCUGGAAAGAGAACAGCUUGGCUGUUAGGUCACUGAAGGAGACUAUUGAUGAUUGCUGGGAUCAGGACGCAGAAGCUCGGCUGACUGCACAGUGUGCUGAGGAAAGGAUGGCCGAACUCAUGAUGAUCUGGGAGAGAAACAAGUCUGUGAGCCCAACUAUCAACCCAACCUCCACAGCAGUACAGAAUGAGCGUAACCUGUCACAAAGUCGGAGGGUCCCCAAGAUUGGGCCAUAUCCAGAUUACUCAUCAUCCUCCUAUAUUGAAGAUUCAGUACACAACACAGACAACAUUGUGAAGAAUAUCUCAUCUGAGACUUCAAUGUCUAGUACUCCUCUCAUCACUGGUGAAAAGAACAGGAACUCUAUUAACUAUGAAAGGCAACAGGCUCAGGCACGACUACCGAGCCCAGAAACUAGUGUCACCAGCUUAUCAACCAACACUACAACUACCAACACCACUGGACUUACACCAAGUACUGGUAUGACUACGAUAUCAGAGGCCCAGUAUUCAGAAGAUGUACAUGGGUUGCAGCAAACAGGGCCCACUCCUGUUUGCUUGCAGCUAACUGAGGAAGACCUAGAGACUAACAAGUUAGAUCCAAAGGAAGUAGAUAAAAAUCUCAAGGAGAGUUCGGAUGAGAACCUUAUGGAGCAUUCCCUCAAGCAGUUCAGUGGACCUGAUCCCUUGAGCAGUACUAGCUCCAAUCUGUUUUACCCAUUGAUAAAACUUGCUGUGGAGUCAACAGGGCAUCCUGAUUUCACCCAAGCUGGGAAUGGCCAUGCCUGUCUUGUGCCAGAUGUCCACACAACACAAAUAUAUCCUCUUCCUAAGCAGCAGAAUCUUCCCAAGAGACCUACUAGCCUCCCACUGAACUCUAAAAACUCAAGCAAAGACUCCAGGCUGAAAUUUGGGAGCAAGCACAAAUCUAACUUGAAACAUGUUGAGACAGGGGUAGCUAAAAUGAACACGGUGAGUGCUGCAGAACCACACGUGGUAACAGUAACCACAGCAACAGGGGGCAGGACAGGCUAUGUGAACUCUCAGGGGCCCACAGCCCAGCACUCUAACUCUGCAUUAAUCUCCAGCACCAAUUCUGUGGCCCACAGGGCUCAAGAGAUCCUUCAAAAUCAGUUCAGAGGGGAGGAUAGCCGUUUGAAUAUCAACUCAAGCCCAGAUGAGAAUGAGCCCUUGCUCAGACGAGAGCAGCAGGUGGGACAGGACGAGUCUGUCUUAGAUCGACUGGUGGAAAGGAGGGAGCACCCUGUGGAGAGUAGUCAUGUGAACUCCAACAACAAUAACAACAGCACACAAAGUAUAUCUCAAAGUACAGCUCCACAGAAUGCUCCUGUAGAGCCCAGGCAGCGUCAGACAAGAAGAGCACAGAGACCAAACUCUCUGGAUUUGUCAUCAACGUCCAGUAUUAUGGAUAACUGCGGCACACGUGAGACACUAUCAGACACCCGACCUGGCUCAGGUGAAAAAAUUAAGAAGCGAGUGAAAACGCCAUACUCCCUCAAGCGGUGGCGCCCAUCCACUUGGGCUAUUCCCACAGAACACCAGGACUGUGAAGUCAACAACAAUGGGGGCGGUGAAAGCUUCAGUCAUUCAAAGUCCAGCACAGCUGUUUAUCUCAUAGAUGGGGGCACCUCCACCGCUGCCCUUUCAAAGGAUGCCAGGAUGAGCUGCUUGUAAAUGUUCAGCAUUUUGUUUUUAUUAU